AUGAUCGGAAAACUCGCCCACUACGCCGCCGACGCCAUCCUCGUCUCUGCCGUCAUCGCCGGCAUCAAGCGUAGCACCGGUUUGAGCGUUGCUACUGAGAAGAUCGAGAGCGGCGAUGUCCGCUCCUACGUCGAGAAGUACCUGUCUGUCGGCGAGGUUGUCAUCGACCAGACCGCCGCCUUCAUGGCCACCUCUUCCUACUUUGAGCGCAAGCGGUAA